CAUCGACGUCUCACGCACCCACACGAUCGAUGCACCAGGCAGCAGUCCACUCAUCCGGCGGCAUCCCGUCUGCGCCACAUUCCGUAGCAACGCCGCAGCCGAAGCAGCAGCUGCGUGAAUGUGAGGCUCCGUGUCGAGAUGGGUCCCUCAACUUCGACACACUCUCCUUGCUCACGCCCGCCGACCGCAGCUAUUGCCAGCAGUUGACGUUCGGAAGUUCGGCCCGCGGCUGCUUUAACAUGGAGCCCAACAUGACAUUCCUGAACCAGGCCAUGUGUGGCUUCACCCCCCGUCCCGUGCUGAACGCGCAGUCGUACUUUGUGAACCGCAUGGAACUCAACCCUGAUCGGUUUCUGCGGCGGGAACUCCCGACGUUGUUGCGACGAUCGGCCGAAAAACUCGCUGAAGUCGUUGGCGCGGACUCAGAAGACGUCGUCUUCGUGCCCAACAUUUCCCACGGUGUGAAUGCCGUGCUCCGCUCCAUGGAUCUACAGGAAGGCGACGAAGUUCUGUGCAUGAACUCGACGUACCCUGGUGUGUUCAAUACGUUGCGCCACAUUUGCUACAUGACACAGGAAGUGGUGGAGCUCAAGGUUGUCGACGUGAAGCUUCCUUUGGAAUCGUACGAGUCGCUCAUCCAGCAGCUCGCGGCCGCGAUCACCCCCAACACCCGCGUGGCGGUGUUGGACCACAUCACGAGCGCCGCGGCGUUGGUGCUUCCUCUGGACAAACUCAUUCCGUUGUUCCAGAAACGCGGCAUCCCCGUCCUCGUCGACGGCGCCAACGCGCCCGGCCAAGUGCCGCUGGACCUGCGUCAGCUCAAGCCGGAUUUCUACGUGGGCACAUGCAACAAGUGGCUUUUCGGCUCCAAGUCGUCGUCGUUCCUGUACGUGGACAAGGAGCACCAGUCGAUGGUGCGCCCCGUGGUGACCUCGUUGAGCUACAACCAAGGGUUCAUUGAAGAAUUCGCAGUCCAGGGCACCAAGGACGAGUCCAACUACCUCACGAUCUGCACAGCGAUCGAUUUUUACCAGAACCUAGGCUACAACCGCGUGUGUGCGCACAACAAGAGCCUGAUCGACUGGGCGUCGAGCUACUUGGCGUCGCUGUGGGGCACCGAAGCGCUGCUGCCGCCGUGGCAGCGCGCGCCGUUUGCCAGCGCGAUCCGGUUGCCGAUCCAAUGGCCAGUCAAGGCCAACGGCGAACCCCUGACUGCGGACGAGCAGUGCCAAGUGUGCUGCUUUGUCAUGGACAUCUUGCUCGAUUACUAUCAGUUGGCGACCAAGGUCAUUCCGAUCGAAGGCAGCCUGUACGUCCGCAUUAGCGCCCAAAUCUACAACGAACGCGCCGAUUUCGAGCGCCUGGGGGUCGCUAUCCAAGGGCUCACCAACUGCUCAUCGUUCAUUGAAAUGUUCUCCACCAUGCGUGUAUAAUAUAACUAGCCUAAUAUCAAUCACUCCA